AUGUAUAUCCUUCGCGAUGUAAGGAUUGAAAGGCGGAUUGAGCAAAACUAUCGUAUCAUAAGAAGUAAAGCUGUAACAAAAAAUGAGUUGUAUGAUGUAAUCAUUGAGAUUUUCACAAAUAAAGUGAAUUGGAUCUCAGCCAGAGAAAAUUAUAUGAACCAUUUCAAAGCUAAGAUUACACUACAAGGCAUUCCGGAUAGAACUAAUAUUGGUCAGAGGAGUGGGGGUGGAUGGGGCGACAAAGGAUGGAUUUGGGUAGAAAAUGAGAUGAAACUAAUUGGUUUAAUAUUUACUAAAGAACAAUUAAAGCAUAAAUGGGAUUGGAUGAAAGAGCAGUGGAAAAUUUGGAAAGAUUUGAAAGGAAAAUCAACUGAAUUAGGGUGGAAUCUUAUUACUGGCACAAUCAUUACGUCUAAUAAAUGGUGGGAUGAAAAAAAUUCAAGAAAACUCAGUUUUGCUAAAUUUUGUGAAAAAGGAAUCGGUAAAGAGCUCUAUGAAAAAUAUGAAACUAGUUUUUUAAAUACUGUGGCUACUGGAGAUUAUGCAUAUGCUCCAUCUUCCGGAGUUUUACCUAAUAAUCUUGAAAAAAUAACACAUGAUGAUGUGCUUUCUACACAACAAGUGGAGUUUAAUAUCCCAUUUACUGAUCUUCUUUUCGGAAAAGUAAAUUUGGAAAAUAUUGGAAGUAAUGCUAGUCAACCAAGUAGUAAAAAGAAAAAGAGGACAAAUUCUCCAACUGGUGGGAGAAAGGAUAGAAACAAAACGAGUAAAGGAAAGAAGAUGUCGAGUACUGAACAAGUAACCAAUAUAGUUAGAGAAUUGAAUGAGGGUAUGCAGGAAAGUAUGAAAAAUAAAAAUGCUGCUUUAUGUGGAGUUUUAGGAGAUCGUCCAGAUAUGAAUGCCGUGGAUCAAAUUCUAUUUGAUGAGGACAACGACGAUGAUCAAAUUUAG